CUUUAAUAAUGAAAUCUUAAAUUAUUAUUUGAAAUGGUAUCAUGUGCGAGUUGCUUACUAGACAGUGACAAAACAAAUGAAUAAACUAGUUGCUAAAUAUACAAGCUACCACUAAUUCCCCACUUAUUUUAAUGGGUUAGUCGUCUAAUGAAGAAACACGGUUUCAAUGGUUCACAAUACAAUUCCGGCUGAACGACUUUCUGUAGUCAACUUGUACUUGUGCUUCAAUUGCUGAGUUUCAUAUUUUCAUCAAUCAAUAGGAUUUUUGAAUCAAUUUUUUAUACACUGAAACAAUUUUUUUUUUCUUGUUUUGAAAUGGGCCGGCUUGAUUUGAUGAUUGAGUCGGAGAGAGGACGAAGAUCAACAACAACAGCAACAAGAGGAAGAAGAAGAUCGCAUAGUAGAAGCCAAGAUAAUGAUCACAGUAACCAUGUGACAAAUGUAAACAACGACUAUGACUUGUAUCUCUCAGCCAAAAACGGCAGCCUUGAUGAUUUUAGCAGAACCCUGCAUCGAGUUUCAACGGCAGAACGAGUACCAGUUGGUGUAAUAUUGCACAGACUCAGCCCUUCUGGAAAUACAUUUCUUCAUAUAGCUGCCAAACAUGGAAAUGAACAAGUAGUGGCUUAUAUAGCUGCUAAGGAUCCAUCCUUGAUGUUAAUCAAGAAUUCCUUUAACGGAGAUACCGCUUUGCAUCUUGCUGCUAAAGCUGGAAAUGAAUCAACGGUCAAAACCCUGGUUUCGGAAUCUCAAGAUGUAGCAGGAGGAGAGAACAAUAAUUUAUUAAGAGCCAAGAAUGAGAGAGGAAACACAGCCUUGCAUGAAACGUUAAUCAACAGUCGGGAUUCAAUUGCUAUAUAUUUGAUCGAAAAAGACCCCGAGGUAUCGUAUUACGAAAACAAAGAAGGAGAAUCGGCAUUCUACCUGGCGGCCAAAGCUGGUUCUGCAGAAUGCGUAUCUUUGAUUCUGAAUCGAUUAUCAACGGAUGGUGACCGCAUUAAUGAGCUUUUCAACAGAAAGUACUCACCCAUUCAAGCAGCUAUAGAGGGGAAGAAAAGAGAUGUUUUGGAAGCGAUGUUAAAGAUCAAUCCAAGCUUGAUAAAAUCAAGAGAUGGGACAGGAAGAAAUCCACUACACCAUGCAGCGGUAUUAGGCCAUCUUGAAGACGUCCGUUACUUGCUAAAGCAAUACCCUCCAAAUGCCACCGAAAGAGACAACAUUGGAAUAUUCCCUAUUCAUUUGGCAUCGUUUUAUGGCAACGUCCAAGUCAUCAGCUUUUUGCUUCAUGACUGUCCGGAUCCAGAGGAGAUGCUCGAUGGAGAUGGUUGCAAUAUUCUACACAUUGCUGCAAGAAACGGAAGAUGUAAUGUAGUCAGCUACGUUCUGAAAAGUCCAUAUCUGAAGGGCCUUAUAAACAUGAAAAAUAAAUACGGAAACACACCCCUGCAUUUGGCAACUAUGAAUUGGCACCCGAAAAUUGUCAGUGCAUUAACAUGGGACAAUAGAGUCGACGUUACAUUGGUCAAUGACAAGGGUAUGACAGCUCUAGAUGCUGCUAACCAUUACAUGCCCGAUAAUCCCCAAUUUCCUCAGCGUUUGACUUGGGCUGCCUUGAAAGCUGGUGGAACCCCUCAUUCUCCGACUCGAAAGACAACAAUAGGUAGACAGGACCCAAAGAAGAGUUCGAACAAGGAUAACUAUAAGGAAAGAGUCAACACUCUUUUACUAGUCGCUACUCUCGUUGCCACCAUAACAUUUGCAGCCGGAUUCACUGUACCUGGUGGAUACAAUACAGAUACGGGAAUGGCAACCAUGCUGAGAGACAAGGGAUUUAAUAUAUUUAUAUUCUGCGACGCUAUAGCCAUGUACAGCUCCAUUGUAGUGGCUGUGACUCUCAUUUGGGCUCAAUUAGGUGACAUAAAAUUAGCACUUAAUGCACUCACUUUGGCAGUGCCGUUGCUCGGGAUUGCUCUUUGCAUGAUGUCAAUUGCUUUCACCGCUGGGGUUUUCGUAGUAGUCAGCAAACUUCGAUGGCUAAGUACUGCCAUACUUGUCAUGGCCACCGUUUUUCUUGUUAUUAUGUUCAUCAUCCUCGCUCCAAUGUGCGGUUCACAUACUUCAAGUAAUCGGAUAGUACGAUAUCUAUCCUACUAUCCCUUCUAUUUGUUGAUAUUAGCAAGCAGCAGCUAAGCCAAAGAACUGAUAGUACUGUCUGCAAUAAUGAUCUUUUUGUACCUCAUUGAACAAGCUUUUGUUUAUUAUUUCGAUUAUGGACUGAAUACAUUUUGUCAGAUAUUAAGAUAUUUGCUUGCUUU